AUGAUACACCUCUCUGCCACACUCCUGCUGCUGGGCCUUCUCCUGUGGGCCAGCAGGGUUUGCUCUGCCACAGCCCAGGACGGGUGCACUUUCCUUGGAGAGGAGGAGACGAGCAGCUUCAUCAGGAGGGAGAUGUGGUUCUUGGUGGCUUGUUCCCUCUCCACUGUAGCCCUGUGUCCUCUGUGACAUAAUUUCAAUGGAAUUGCUUUCCUUGACUGCUACGUGAAUAUUAAGGGCUAUAUGCAAUGUUUGAGUAUAUCUUACAGAGUGCACCUUUAACCUGCUGUUCUCUCUGCUUUGGACUGGCUUGCAGAUCAUAAUAUACAGAUAAGGGAUCUUAAUUUGUUCACUCUUUUGUUGCUGAGAAUUUUCCUGUUCCGCAGGAAAUGCAUAUUAGCUUUGUAAUUUACAUAAACCCGCACCUACACAUGGUAAAAAUAACAGUAUUGCACUUUUCAUGGAGGCUAAUUUGGGCCAGCUAAUAGCCUGACCACUGAUCAAGCAACAUUAUGGACUAAAUGUUCCAAUUCUGUUGCUGCAGGAUUAUUUUGCUGUGACAAUACUGGACAAAUGAACAUCCCACAUCUGUACUGUAUUUUUACUUUGGCAGGACACGUUAUUUAAUAUCUUCAAAUGUUAUAUAUAAAAAGUCAUGUAAUGUAGUACUUUGACUGCUACAAAUGCCUGUAUAUCAUAAAUAUUAAAAGCUCUACGCAAUGCUUGAGGACAUCUUACAGAGUACACCAUUAAACUGCUGUUCCCUCUUCUUUCAGGUGAGCUACUUUGCGUCCUGCAGCUGUCUGACUGACCAGAAGCAGUUCCCUACGUUCAUGCGCACCAUGCCCACCGAUCCCUUUCAGAUACAUGCCCUGGCUCGCCUGGUAUGCUACUUCCAUUGGACCUGGGUGGGCGUCAUCAGGGUGGAGUCUGACCAUGCCCGCUUUGCCAUCCAGUUGUUUCUACAGGAGUCCGUCCAGUAUGGUGUGUGUGCAGCCUACGUCCACUUCUACCCAGUGGUCCUUACCCAGCAGGCUGUGGGACAGCACAUGAUUAUACAUUUAGUUAUUAUUGUCAUUGUUACCCGUGGGGUUGUCCUCCUGAAUCCUCCUGAAUUUCUCUGGUGAGUAGGAGCUUCGGAGUGUCCUGAGGGAGUGUCCUGAGGGAGUUUGGAGCUUCGGAGUGUCCUGAGGGAGUGUCCUGAGGGAGUGUAGGAGCUUCGGAGUGUCCUAAGGGAGUGUCCUGAGGGAGUGUAGGAGCUUUGGAGUGUCCUGAGGGAGUGGCUUGAGGGAGUGUCCUGAGGGAGUGUCAGAGCUUCGGAGUGUCCUAAGGGAGUGUCCUGAGGGAGUGUAGGAGCUUUGGAGUGUCCUGAGGGAGUGGCUUGAGGGAGUUUUGGAGCUUCGGAGUGUCCUGAGGGAGUGUCCUGAGGGAGUGUAGGACCUUUGGAGUGUCCUGAGGGAGUGGCUUGAGGGAGUGUCAGAGCUUUGGAGUGUCCUGAGAGAGUGGCUUGAGGGAGUGUCAGAGCUUUGGAGUGUCCUGAGGGAGUGUCGGCAUCAGAAAUUCACCUGGCUGCAGCUGAUCACCAGAGAGGCCUAGGCCAUCGCCAAGUCCCUGGGGCUAGAGUUUGGAAAUAUCCUGACGGAAACACUGGGAUUUGGCAUACGGAAGGCUGAUGUUAUUCACAGGCUCAAGGACUUCCUGACCAGACUUGGAACGUCCCACAGACGUCAGUCGGCAUUCCUGGCAGAGUUCUCGGAAGAAACAUUCAACUGUAGAGUGAACGGAUCCUUAAACACACAAUAUCACUUUGUCAGUUACCUGGACAGAGAACCCUGUAAGGGAUGUGAGGGUCGGGGGAUGAGUACACACCCUAAUGCUGAUGUGAGCCAGCUCAGAGUGUCCUAUAACGUGUCUAUGGCUGUGUAUCUCAUCGCCCACGCCCUGCAGCAUUUGACCAACUGUGUCGCUGGCCAGGGGCCUUUUAUCAAUGGCACCUGUGGGGACCCAACGCAUGUUAAACCAUGGCAGGUGACUCUAUAGCUGAAGAUACUCUGCUCAGUAUUGCUGAAUAGAUAUCAAUCCCUGUUUCUCAUUCACAUGCAUGCAGACACACACACACACACACACACACACACACACACACACACACACACACACACACACACCAGUAGGUGGAGUAGAGUGUAUCGUUUCUUUUCUCAGCCUCUCCACUCCUCUCUCCCCAGCUACUCCAUUACAUGAAGCAGGUGAAGUUUUCCACACUCGGAGAGGAGGUCAGCUUUGACCACAACGGUGACCCCAUCGCUUCCUAUGACCUCAUGAACUGGCAGAGUGGGCAGGAUGGCUCCCUGUGAUUCGUCAAAGUGGGGUUCUAUGACACCUCAUUGGCCGAGGGCCGAGACCUGGUCAUAAUUGACUCAGUGAUUCAGUGGCCUGUGGGAAAGCAGGUGUGACUGAUAUCAGUACUCCUGAGUGGUGCAGUGGUCUAAGGCACUGCAUCGCAGUGCUAACUGUGCCACUAGAGAUCCUGGUUCGAAUCCAGGCUCUGUCGCAGCCGGCCGCGACCUGGAGACUCAUGGGCGGCGCACAAUUGGCCCAGGGUAGGGGAGGGAAUGGCCGGCAGGGAUGUAGCUCAGUUGAUAGAGGAUGGCGUUUGCAACGCCAGGGUUGUGGGUUCGAUUCCCACGGGGGGCCAGUAAAAUAAAUAAAUAAUGUAUUCACUAACUGUAAAUCGCUCUGGAUAAGAGCGUCUGCUAAAUGACUAAAAUGUAUAUCACAGUCUAGGUUCCUAGUUCUACGUUUAAUGACUCAGUGGCCUGUGGGAACGCAGCCUGAUAUCACAGUCUAGGUGCUUAGUUCUACGUUUAAUGACUCAGUGGCCUGUGGGAAAGCAGCCCGAUAUCACAGUCUAGGUGCUUAGUUCUACGUUUAAUGACUCAGUGGCCUGUGGGAAAGCAGCCUGAUAUCACAGUCUAGGUGCUUAGUUCCACGUUUAAUGACUCAGUGAUUCAGUGGCCUGUGGGAAAGCAGCCCGAUAUCACAGUCUAGAUGCUUAGUUCUACGUUUAAUGACUCAGUGGUUCAGUGGCCUGUGGGAAAGCAGCCCGAUAUCACAGUCUAGGUGCUUAGUUCUACGUGUAAUGACUCAGUGAUUCAGUGGCCUGUGGGAAAGCAGCCAGAUAUCACAGUCUAGGUGCUUAGUUCCACGUUUAAUGACUCAGUGAUUCAGUGGCCUGUGGGAAAGCAGCCCGAUAUCACAGUCUAGGUGCUUAGUUCUACGUUUAAUGACUCAGUGGUUCAGUGGCCUGUGGGAAAGCAGCCCGAUAUCACAGUCUAGGUGCUUAGUUCUACGUGUAAUGACUCAGUGGUUCAGUGGCCUGUGGGAAAGCAGCCCGAUAUCACAGUCUAGGUGCUUAGUUCUACGUUUAAUGACUCAGUGAUUCAGUGGCCUGUGGGAAAGCAGCCCGAUAUCACAGUCUAGGUGCUUAGUUCUACGUGUAAUGACUCAGUGAUUCAGUGGCCUGUGGGAAAGCAGCCCGAUAUCACAGUCUAGGUGCUUAGUUCUACGUGUAAUGACUCAGUGAUUCAGUGGCCUGUGGGAAAGCAGCCCGAUAUCACAGUCUAGGUGCUUAGUUCUACGUGUAAUGACUCAGUGAUUCAGUGGCCUGUGGGAAAGCAGCCAAUAUCUCAGUCUAGGUGCUUAGUUCUACGUUUACUUCUCAGUCUGUUCUCUGUUGUCUUCUUAACGUCACUGGAGAAUAUCAAGUUGGCAUUUUAUAAACUACAUUUGGCUAGUUUGAAAAGAGUUCUUACACACCCCUUAUUACAUGCAAUCAGUAUAUCUGAGUGGUGCCCCUCUGCCCCCCAGGCAGCUCGCCCAGUGUGCAGUGGGAGCUGUCCCCCAGGCACCCGUGUAGCCAGGUGGAAGGGGGAGCCUGUCUGCUGCUUCGACUGCAUCCCCUGUGCUGAGGGGGAGGUCAGCAGUCAAACU